GUAACUACGUUAUCACUUUGAUUUAUAUUAUUAUAUUACAACAGCUCUUCAUUUGGUGGACUUAUCAGAACGAUAACGAAUGUGUCGGAGAGAGCACUGUGUUAAUAAAUUUUAAAUAAUAAUGACUGAAUUAUUGUGCGUCAACGUUGUGCUUUGGAUUUUGUUAUCGUACACCGGACUUGGAUAUGGUCAAAAGCGAUGUUCUGGCCAGCCUUGUAUAUCGGUAAUGGAGUGUGGAGGCCUCGUCAAUGACUUGAUGAAACGAUCUAACAACGUAGCAGAAGUAGCGAGAUCCAUGCACUGCGGUUGGAGACGCGAGAGGGGCUCGCAACCCAUCUUAGAGGUAUGUUGUCCAGAAAAUUUUAAAUUUGACAAGAAUAAAUUAGCAUUAUUACCAAAUGAGACAAUCUGCGGAGUACAAAAUUCUGAUAGAAUCUUUGGCGGCGAAAUAACGGAAUUGGACGAGCACCCAUGGAUGGCACUAUUGCAAUAUUCUACACCUAAGGGUCUUGGGUUCUACUGCGGAGGUGUUCUGAUAUCGUCAAGAUAUGUCUUAACAGCAGCCCAUUGCGUUUCAGAAGGUUCUUUUCCCGACAACUACAGAUUGAGAAAAGUUCGUUUAGGAGAAUGGAACCUUAAAACUGAUGAGGAUUGUGUUAUGGAUGACUGUACAGAUGCACCCCGCGAUAUAAGUAUUGAAAAAGUCAUUGUACAUAAAGGAUACGCAACUGUAGAGAGCAAUCAAGCAAACGAUAUAGCUUUAUUGAGGCUUAAAAAUGAGGUUCAUUUUACAGACUUCGUGAGACCAAUAUGCUUGCCGACAACACACGACCAAUUGCUAGAAACGUACGAGAAUAAAGAGUUGGAAGUGGUAGGCUGGGGCAAAACAGAAAAAAGUUCGAGUAAUUCUGAUGUUAAGUUAAAAGUUCAGUUACCCGUAGUUUCGGAAUCCAGGUGUAAGUCACUGUAUAACCAAGCCAGUCGCCAGGUGACUUCAAAACAGCUAUGUGCGGGGGGAUCAAAUGGCAAAGACUCUUGCAGGGGUGACUCUGGCGGACCCCUGAUGGGUAAAAAUUCAGAUCAACAUUGGGUGGCCGUAGGUGUUGUGUCCUAUGGACCGACACCCUGUGCUACUGAAGGGUGGCCAGGAGUUUAUACCAAAGUUAACGCUUACAUUCCAUGGAUUCUUGAACAGAUACAGCCGUAAAUAGCUAUGGAAUUUAAAGAGUGAAUGUAAAUAAAGGAAGUUAUACAAAAAGGAGACGGGGAUUUCUAGGGCUGAAAUGUAAUAAGUUGAGAUAUGGUUUAAAAAAACUGUAAAAUUUUUCUAAUAUAGAAAAUUACCUAAAUAUAGAAAAUUACCCUAAUUCACAAUCUAGUAAACGAGAAAUCUUAAAAUUAAGUUUUCAUCAUCUUAAAAUUCACGAUUAAAAUAACUAAAAAAUACAUUAUAAUUAACAUAAUAUAAUGUCUUUAGUUAAAAAUAAAUUAUUAUCAACUUAAUAUUAUAAAGAAAUCGAUCGGAGAAAAAAUCGAUUCUGAAUCUCGUUCUAUAUUUUUAAUCUGUGCUGACAGUGACAGCCACAGAAUUGUCUAGAAUGUCAUUUGUCAAUCACAAGUUUAUUAGUAUAGUAGGUAUCGUUUGUGCGUACCUACCACAGAACACUAACUCUAACAAGGUACCUAGGCGAUUUGUCAUUUGAGUGUUUCCCGUUGUUUUAUUGAUAUUUUCCUUGUUUAUAUUUGACUUCUGGUAUUGUUAAAUUUGUACGAUUAUUAUCGUAAAACAAAUAAACAUUCGCAUUCCAAAAA